GUAACUUUUUUUUCCCAUAGUCCGUUGUUUGCUAGAAAAAACGACGCAUGUUUUGUAGAAGUCUAUUCGGGAUCACCGCCACCGGCAAGCCCUUCGAAUUUCUUACAGUUUUACAUACAAAACCGUGUUACUAAAUUCACUAUCAAGAUCCAAAUUACAUAAUCCCGACAAAAUUAUGGUUUGGGGGCUGAUUCCUGUUAGCCCAGAUUCAGGGGAGAAGUACUUCAUUUAUGCUAAAGGAACAUACAAAGUGGGCAGAAAAGGUUGUGAUGUGAUUAUUAAUGAUAAAGGUGUCUCACGUAUCCAUGCUGAGCUCAUUAUAGAUUCAAUGGAAUAUGUGGAACCUAUUGAGGAUAGAUCAUCUUGUUUACCCUCCAAAGUUCGUAUAAGAGAUUGUUCCAAGUAUGGAACUUCUAUUAAAAGAAAAUGUAAUAUGAAGGAAAAACUGCAUGAUUGCCCUGACAAAGAAACAUUUUUAAAAGAUGGGGAUUUAAUUUCAUUUGGAGCCGGCACCGCGACAUUCAGAUUCUCAUAUGUGCCACUUGUUUUUUACCUUUGCAAUUUCACAAGCUCUCAAGUAGCCCCUUCACAAGAUAAAGUAUCAUCAAUAGGUGCUCAUGUUGCACAUAAGUGGACAGCGGAAUGCACUCAUGUAAUUGUGGAUCCCUUCAUGCCUGUGACCGAGGAAAUCAUUGAUGUCAUUUUGUCUAAGAAACCUUUAGUAUUAAGUACUUGGUUGGAGAUUGUCGCAACAUUUAGGAUACAAAAUGAGAUUCCAAGUUAUAGUCAAUACAUCCCGACGUUGACAUUGGAAGGUGGAUCUGUAACAGUAGCCGAUAGCAGGACUCGUGAAAAUUGCUUGAGAGGCUAUACUUUUGUGUUGAGCUCUGCAGAUUUGUACAAGUUUCGUGAUAGGGUGCAAUUAUUGUUGGAAGCUGCAGGUGCGAAAGUCCUUUCUGUUGAUGAUUUAGAUUUGAAUAGCCAGGACCAAGUGGAAGUAGACAAAUUUCUGGUGUUUGUAAACCCUGCAAAUUCAGCUGAACGAGUCAACCUGAGUAGGCCUCUAGCUAAAGUAAAUGAGAUCAAUGUGAUUUCUUCAGUCAUAUCAGGAUAUUGGGACCCUUCCGUAUUGAUAUUACCAUCAAUUGUAAUUUCAUCUUCAUGUUCAACUGAUGAGACUGUCGUAGAGGAUUCUGACGCAGACACAGAAACAGCUAGGUCAGAUCAUCCCACUAUAACCAAUGUAUUAGUAAAAACUGAAGGCUAUGAGCUGGAUAAGAAAACAUUAAAAAACCAUCCUGGUAUUCUGAGUGAAGAUGCCCCAAGUGCAGAUUUAAUGCUGGAUAAUAGUACGAACUUAUUCAGACAAAAGGAGGCCACUGAAUACAAGAGUAAGCAGGAGAAAUAUGUUAAUACUUCGACACUGGAAGAUAGUAAAGUUAUGAGUUCUCUGAAGCCAAACAGAGCAGUAACAACUGCAAGGAAUGAUGAUUUAGAGGGAGUCGAAUUUGAUAUUCUUUAUAGCCAAAAUUUAAUUGUUAGAGGUACUAAUACACAAGUACCAACUGGUUCUGUAACUGAAGGUGGAGUUAUUAAUUUCAAGCGUUUUAGAAAGAAUAAAACUCAAUCUGGGAACAGCUUUAGUAACCUCGUUCCAUUUUCAAAACAUCCAUAUCGUGAUUCGGACUUUGACAAGAAUGUAAGUGAAUCUGUGAAGGAAGAGAAAAAGAGAAAGAAGAUGGAAGCUAUGGCAGAGGAUUUGUUUAACAUGGAACGGGGACGUCGCCGUAGUGGAUUUGCUGGCUCCCUUCGUGGAUUGCUGAAUCAUAGUUGACACAGGUGCAUCCAAGAAUUCUCGAGUUAAAAGUGUUCUAACAUGUGCUUGUCCUUCCUAAUAACCAUACGGUCCAUAACUACUCCAGAGAUGAUGAAGAUUGAAUACCGAAGAGGAAGAAAUGCAUAUGAUAUUUGCAUGCUCGGUUUGUUUCAAGCAUAUAUUUGCAUUAGUGGAUCUUUAGGUCGGAGUCUCAUGUUAUUCCCAUUGAAUGAAUCAACUUUCAAUCUUAUGUAGAAAGUGAGAUUGUUUGUGUAAUAGUUCAAUAGGUUGUUUAUUUGUGGUGAUAAAUAGCAUUUUAUUGAGUAAUUCAUAUAUUAUUCUAGACUUAAAAAGUGAAAUUUCACGGGUUUUGCAUUCAAUCCGCUUCAAUUAAGGCAGAUAUGUUGUGAUUUUGGUGAGCAGUGGGUGAAUAUGAAUAUGUAAUUUUAUAAUAUUAAAUAUUAAUGCUUUAUUUUGUCCAACUAUGAGGGCUAAAGGUAUUG